AUGCCCCCCUCAGAACACACAGACAGCGGCGACGAGUCCGGGCCGGGAGGGGACCUCUUCGCCGAGCCCGAGGGCUACUACCCGCCGUCCCCGAAGCCCACCAAGCAGACCUUCACCACCAAGGGCGGCGACGUCGUCGACCUGCACCUGGUCGGCUACUCGCCCACCGAGGCGCACCACCUGUGGAACGGGUCCCGCGUCGCGGCGCAGUACUUCGAGGCCGACCCGGCGGGGACCGUGAGGGGCCGGAACGUGCUGGAGCUGGGCGCCGGGGCCGGGCUGCCGUCUCUCGUGGCCGCGGCGCUCGGGGCGCGGCGGGUCGUCAUGACGGAUUUCCCUGACGCGGAUAUCCUGGCGACGAUGGAGAAGAACAUUGCCGAGUGCAUCAUCCCCCCUCAGGCAGCAGCAGGCGGGGCGGCGGGGACAAAGGCGGGCGUCAUCGUCUCCAAGGGCUUCGUCUGGGGCUUCGACCCGCAGCCCCUCCUGGCGGAGCUGCCCGCCCCGCGCCCCAGGUUCGACGUGCUCAUCCUCGCGGACCUGCUGUUCCGGCACUCGGAGCACGGCAAGCUGCUCGACACGAUCCGCGACACGAUGGCGCGGGGCCCCGGGGCAAAGGCGUACGUGUUCUUCACCAGCUACCGGCCGUGGCUCGCGCACAAGGACAUGGCAUUCUUCGACCUCGCGCGGGCGAGGGGGUUCGCGGUUGACAAGAUCCUCGAGCGCAAGAUGGACCGCCCGCUGUUCGAGGACGACCCGGGCGACGAGGAGGUGCGCAAGACGUGUACCGGGUGGGUUGUGCGGUGGCCCGCCGAGGGGGAGGUGGCUGAGGCUUGA